GAUUUAUAAUUUUUUGCAUUUUCUACCGAUUUUACAAACGUACUCAAUUGAAGAAUAAAAAAUUAAAUUGUGAAAGGGACCACGUCGAUAUAUGCGAUUGAAUUAUAAUCAAUUUGCCGCGAUUAGUGACUUGAAUUCAGAAGAAAUAGUAAUAUGUGCAUUUUGAAGAAUGCCGAUUCAGGCGCCUUCAUGGACAGAUUUUCUCUUUUGCCCCAUUUGUUGCAAUGAGUUCGCUAUCAGUCACCGUCUACCAAUAAGUCUGGGAUGUGGUCAUACUAUAUGUCGCCAGUGCCUGGCCACCUUACACAAUCGCCAAUGCCCCUUCGAUCAAACUACCAUCACAACCGAUGUCGACAAUCUACCCAUAAAUAACGCUCUACUUCAGUUGGUUAGCACCAACACAAAUACAAACAGUACCAACAAACCUGGAAAUGCUAACGAUAACAGCAAUAACAAUGGCGGUGGAAGCGGAAGCGGAGGCGGAGGCGGAGGCGCCUCGGGAAGCGACGGCGAUUCAAAUUCAGUUGCCAGAUAUACUCCUCCAAGUGUUCGUCAGCUGAAUCCCGAGGAUCUUAGAUGCUAUAAUUUGUCGAACAAAUGUAUAGAAAAUCUGGCUCUGUAUCUUGCUACCAAUAAUGGCAACUUUGGUAGUCCACUUUCGCGACCGAUGCAACGAAAACUUGUAACUUUAGUGAACACUCAGCUAAUGGAGCGCGAAGGGCGUGAGCGUGUGCUGCGGGCGGCACGUUCAUUAGGCGAACGUACCGUUACCGAACUGAUUUUACAGCAUCAAAAUCCACAGCAGUUGAGCUCAAAUCUCUGGGCAGCAGUGCGUUCUCGUGGUUGCCAAUUUUUGGGCCCAGCAAUGCAGGAAGAAGUAUUGAAAUUAGUUUUGCAAGCACUAGAGGACGGGACAGCAUAUUCUCGGAAAGUGUUGGUGAUGUAUGUUGUCCAGAGAUUAGAGCCUCGAUUUCCUCAAGCGUCAAAAACUAGUAUUGGUCAUGUUGUACAGUUAUUAUAUCGCGCCAGCUGUUUCAAGGUAUCGAAACGUGAAGCGGACUCGUCACUCAUGCAGUUGAAAGAAGAGUUUCGUACUUACGAUGCACUCCGACGUGAGCACGACGCUCAAAUCGUACAAAUAGCUACUGAAGCGGGCCUACGCAUAGCACCGGACCAAUGGUCUUCCCUGCUCUAUGGCGACACAGUACAUAAGUCACAUAUGCAAAGCAUUAUUGACAAAUUACAAACGCCGUCCUCAUUCGCGCAAUCUGUACAGGAGUUGGUUAUAGCUCUACAACGUACCGGUGAUCCGGCUAAUUUAUCCGGUUUAAGAACACAUCUUAAGCAUUUAGCCGGCAUCGAUCCAUCGCUUGAAAAUCCUCCAUCAUCAUGGCAGGACGUAGCUAAAGCGUUGGAGUCUGUACAUGAAGUAGUUGUAGGGUUGGUAGAAUUCGUACAACACCAUGGCAACCGCAAGCUGCAAGAGUACACAACCGGUCAGGCGAGCACGAAUACUAAGUAUAAAAUAAGUUUAUGUCGCGAUCUAACCGUUAGACGUAAUUGCCCUCGUGGGUCCAGUUGUACUUUUGCACAUUCUGAAGAGGAGCUGGAAAAAUACCGCGCGAAGAAUCGUAAAAAUACUAAGUUAAGCAGCAGCGGUGGACACUCCGGUGUGUGUCCUGUUGUAAUUGGAGCAGUAAACAGUGCAAACAAUGUGAAAAUUGAUUUUCCAUCACAUAAUCAUCCGCAUAGCCAUGGUCAUAAUCUCCACCAGAUCACAUUGAUGCAUCCCAGAAAUGAUAAUUCCGCCCCAGUUUCGGCGGUCACAUCUCCAUUUCGAUUCAGCGGUCCACCAUCUAUGCAUAGCAAAUUACCUCGCGGAAGUUAUGGUGAUGCAUCAUCAUCAUUACAACCGCAUGGUGCACCAGGUUCACAUCGCCAAAUGAGGCCCUUGCAUCAUAGUCCUAUUCCGCCAAACAAUGGGCAAGUAAUGCCGGUGCCAACUACCGCACAUUGUUACGAUGCACCAUCCUUUGGCAACACGUUGAACUUUUCUGUACCAACAACUGGACUACCACCACAUUUGCCUCAGGGAUUAACCAACGUCAAUAGCUCGCAGAUGGUAAUGCGAAAUUCUAGUGGUGGUGUGCUCUCACCCAGGAAUUUCCCAACGACCUUGCAACCCCCGGGACCGCAUCCACCCUUACCGUCAAAUUUACCCACCAACAACCCACCGAAACAUCAUAAUAACAAUUUGGUCACAUCUCUUAGCAACCCGCUAUCUAACAAAUGCUUGUAUAAUGCAUUGUCUCCUGAAUUCUACAAUUCGGGUAUGAUGGGUAUGAAUACACGUCCAUCGUCUUUGUUUAGCAAUAAUAACAACGGUAAUGGUGGGGGCAUGAAUGGCAAGAACAGCACUGAAUUAAAAGUAAACUUAGCGCCACCCGAAAGGCUGAGGUCACCACAUCUCGGCGGCAUGUGGGAUCAGCAACUUCAUCAGCAGAUUGGAAACACAACAACUGCAGCCGAAGUUAUUGGAGGCUCACCAGUACAUCAAUCGAUGUACUCACCCAGCGAUGACAUAUUUGGUAAGAAAGUCAAUAACAUCAACAUGGAUCUUAACAAAACGCUAAAUGGACUUACACUUGGCGAAGCGUACAAGUUCAAAAAUGAUUACGGCACAGGAGGAAACACUGUUCUUCCAAGUACAGCACUAACAAAUGCAGCAAGCAAUAAGGAUAGUUUACUUUGUGGCGACUUGCAACCUCGGCAAACCUUCUGGCCCGCGCACAACAGCAAUAUUGGUGGAGGUGGUAACCUUGGAGACACUCCACAAGAACGUAGUUCAAUUGUGCAUAAUAUGGGAAUAAAUUCGUCACCAGGACCAUUCCGCGAUCGUGACAGUUUCGUUCGUUCAGACUCUAUAUUAGAUGACGACGCUGGAACGUUCGAAGUGCCUGUAACGUCUGCAAGCAUGGGCAGUAAGUUUGGUCCCAUAUGCCCUAUGUACAAAGGACACAGUAGUACGGCUACCGAUACUUCCAGCCCUAAUACAUAUCUCGACAGCUGGAGUAGUGGAAAUGCUAGAAGGCAGUCACCAAAUAAAGAGCAUCCAUUGCUGCAUCGAAAUACCACUGGCGACAUCAACUACUCAGUAUUCGCAAAUGAUACCGAGGGCGGACUGGCAUUGCAACUGCGCCAACAGUUACAGAAACAUCAGCAACAACAACAGCAGCGCCAACGUCAAAAUAUGGCACAUCAACAUCCACACAGAUCGUCGGCAUUUGAUAAUUUUAACAGCAUGCAAAAUUCGUUGCUGCGUGAUUUGCCAUUUAAUCAUAUCAACAGUUUGCCAAGAGACCGCGAAGCAGGUUGUGGUGGAUCUGUUGUUGGCGAUGAAAGAGCUAAUUUUGAGCUAGGAUUUAAUACGUUCCCAAAUAUGAUAUCCAGCGUGGAUGACAAUGCCAAUAUCGAUCUAACCAAGAGCUCCUCGAUGUGGAAUAGUGGACUAAAUACAAACUUCUGGAAUGAUACACAAUCCUCUGAAGCUGCAAACACCAAGGAACGCCAGCAACAAUACCAGCAAGGAUUACUAAACAUUAAUAAUAAAGAGCGAAGGAGUGAAGAAGGCAUCAUUGAUAGCGGUCGAAUGAGAGAUAUUGAGCAAGAACUCUCCAAAAUUGUGGACAAAAGCUGGUCAAAUGCGGAUGACAGCGGUAUUAAGUUGUAGUAGGUAAAGCUCUACUGCAGGUAAGAAAGCAUAGUAAUAUGAAAGCAGUGUAUUGGCGGAAGCCGGCAAAGGAAUAUGAAGCAAAGGAAGGCCCCUUAGAAAGGCUUGAACUGAGUUCACCGUAAAUUAAUCCUCAAAAUUUACAUGUAAUAAUAGAGCAACUGUGAUUGAAGUAAUGAAGCAUCGGUUGAAUAUUGCUGAAUGCUUCGUACAUUCAGAAACAGUCAUCCUUUCAGUCUAAAAUAGAAAAAAGAAAAAACAGUUUUUAAAUUAAAAGAGAAGCAACAUACAUAGAAGUUGAGAGGAAAAGACAACCCACUGCAGAAGUCACGACGUUGUUAGUGCAUUUCUUUUUUAGUGAAUUUCUUGCGUUGAAAACUUGCUGUAUUUUGUAUAAUUUAGAAAAGUAGAUAGAAAGCGGCUCUGAGGAAAAUGCAUUUUCCUCUUUCUCAAAAAUAUUGCAAAUUGCAAUACCUAAAUGAGAGCCAAAGAGUGUAUAGCGUAGAAACGAAUGUAGAAAGUAUUGUGCGAAACGACUAUUAUUAAUUGUAAUUGUAAAAUUUUUGUAUUAGAUAUUCCUACGAUCGAUUGUGAAAAUGGUAGCGAUACUAAUAAUUCUAAUGACGUGAUCAAUAUGAAACUAUAUUUUAUAGACGUUUAAUGAAAGCAAACUCAAAAAUAAUGUAAUAUUUUUGUAUGAAUGCAACCACUAACCGCAUGAUGUCGCUUUUAUGCAGCCACACACACCUACUCUUCUUAUUACACGAACACAUACAUACAUAAAUACACUAGCCCAACAGGAAGUAAAUCAAUAUACAUAUAUGUACAUAUAUAAAUAAUAAAUGUAUUUAUUCAAAAACGUUUCAGUGCUUGACUCACUGCUUAUACUUCCGACUGACAUAAAAGAAAUGUUGUAACAUUCACUCUAACUAAAAAUAAAUAAAACAGCGUCUUCGCUAAAGAACAAUUAACUCCCGCUGGGCACGUUUACAUACACAUAAAACAUAAAACACAAUAAUAUAAAAACAGAAAACAUUUAAAAUAAUUAAAUUUAAAAUUAUUAUAUACAUGCCUAUAUCUACAUACUAUAUAUUAUAUAUUUCUUAAAGAAAUUUAAAUUACGCUAUUGGGCGAUGUAAGGUGAGAUCAUGAUAUGACAAUGAUAAUUUUUUGAUGAAAUUGACGUUUUUAAAUAAUUACCUUUUGUCUGAUAAAAGAUUAUAAACUAGAAAAUUUAUACAAACGAAAAAAAGCAAAAACAAAAAUGAAAAUGUAUGUACAUACCAUAAACUGAUAAUAUAUAUGUAUAUGUAUAUUUGAUAAAUAUCUACACAUGCAUUAGAAAAACGAUGAUGAUGUUUGUUUUUCAUUACUUUUAUCAUUCGUUUGUAGUUCUGUACAAUUGGAAUUCUGUUUGUCGCUAGUUCGAUUUUUAUUCUGGUUCUAAUUGUAUUUCUAAUUGUAACUUAUUCGUAUACGUUCAAAGAUGACUCCUAUUUAUUAUUACAAAUAUGUGUGUAGUAAAUGAUAAACUAGUAGCAAAUAUCUCAAAUUACAUAUAAAUGACAUGAGCGAAGGCAGAACAUUGUAUUUUACAAGCUUUUUAAAGCAAACAGAGCGUUCAUGUAUUUGUGUAUAAAACAAUUUAAUAUUAUAUAUUAAAAGUCGCGUGAAAACAACUCAAUAAUUGAUUGAUUGAUUGAUUGAUUAAUUAAUUCAUUGACUAACUCUUUAACUAGUGUUAUUGCCUACGUUACAAGAUUUAUUGAUCGUUGUUACUAUUUCUACUAAUAUUAAUGGAUGGUUAGUUCAAAGUUGAUGCCGCUGGUUCUUCGAAGAAUAAUAAGUGGACGAUAGAAUUUAAAAUAAAAACAAAACUGUCAACUUGUAAGAAGUCUAAAAAGAUUUUAAACCGAUUUCAUUUGCAAUAUGUAAGAAGUCUAAAAAGAUUUUAAACCGAUUUCAUUUUGUGCAUUUGGCUUCCAACUUACCUCCAGCUUUAAAAGCAUUUCUAUUGCCUUCAUGUAUUCCUCCCAUAUGUUUUUAGUUGUUAAUUUGUAUUAUCAUUACAAGUCAGUUAUACUGAGAUUUUCGCUUAAAUGCGCUACAUAGACAUUACUAAAUUUAUAUUAUUAGCAAAUUUAAAAAAUGUUUUGUAAAUUAAUUGCAACAUUUGUUGAGCCUUAUUAGCAAUUUACUUAUGUGUAUGAAGUGUUGAGCAAAGCUCAAAAAUAAAAUGCAUCUAAUUUUUAUUUGUGCAUGUCUAUUUUAGCCAACGUAUGCAUAUACAUAUGUAUAUGCUAUUAGAUACAUAUAUGUAUGUCCUUACUCAGGAAGUUGUUCCCCUAAUCCACACCAGAAACCAAAAUCCGCAAUUAUCUUUUCCGUGCUGUAAAAAAUAUAUAUUUAUUUUUGUUGUUUUCCUCCUAUAUACUAAACUCAACGCAUUAUAUAAUCCUUUUUUAUAAAGGUGUAAAUAUAUAUAUUUUUAAUUACUAUGUAACUUAUUUUAGUGUAAAGAAAUGCUUGUGAUCUAAUUAAUAUUAAAC